AAUGUGAGCCGACUUGAGACCCAACUGUCGAGGUAUAAGACGGCCGCCGAUGAGGCCCAGGAGUUGGAGGACGAGCUGAAGGCCGAGAAACGCAAAACGCAAAGAGAGUUGAGGGAAGCGUUGGCCCGAAUCGAAGAAUUGGAGACAUCAGGCGCUCACUUACAGAAGCGAAUCGACAAACUCAUGACAAACCGCAAUAUUAGCGCUAAUAAAGCACCAAAUGAUGACUGAUUUAGUGUUUUCUUAAAUAUACUUCUUAUAAGCAAAUAUAUACGCAAAUAAUGUUCAUUUUAACUCUGCUUUAAUAUGACCGGCAAUUUCAAUUAAGCUGCAUUCAUAAAUACCGGGCAAAGGGUGUAAACAUCUUGUGUUGUUGUUUAUAUAAUUAAUUUAUAUAAAUAAUUUCUGUAUGAAUUAAAUUAAGCGAACAAAUUUUUGUUAUUAAAUAUUAAUUUAAAUUAAACAUA